AUGUCUUCGACUGAUUGUAGUGAUAGUGAAUGUGGUGAAGUCAUGCAGCUAUAUCAGUGUCGGAAUAGAUUAGCGAUAUCAGUGUCGGAGGAGAAACCCACUGAAUCGCAGGCUUCAUCAUCAGGGGCAGGUCGUGCUCCACAACGAUUGCACCUCUACACUGAAGAAAUAUUGAAAAUGUGGAAUAUGGAGAGAAUAAUAGAUAAACUGAGAACAGAUGACCAAUGUCUCACUUUUAGUGGAGAGCGAGGACUAAUUUUAUCUACAACAAAUUGUAGACUUCACCGUAAGCUCAUGUCCUUAAUAAAGUCUAAAGGAGCUGUAGGAGCAUUUUUAUGCAAAAUGAAGAUCCACGUAUAUAUCACGAUCAACAGGAACGAAAAUAGGGAAGAGCUGAGAGCUGAAAGUGCCGGAGGUAAAUUGUACCGAUGCCAAUAUGUCGAAAAUGGAAAGAAAUAG